AUGAGGAAUGUUUUUGAAGAGAUAGGUGGGCUUGGCGUAUGGCGUCGAUAUUGGUGUCAAUUGCGCGCGGAUCAGUUAAUAUUUUGGCUCAAUCCCGAGCAUGAACGUGCGGCCGGUCAGCGCCGUUUCCAUAACUCCGCUUCGUUUCGCCAUUCUGCCAAUCCAGGCACUAUGGCUUCAUUUGCCCUGACUUCCACUGGGCCUGCAGGUCGAAUUGACCUGAGAAAUGUGAUCGCGCCCUGGGCAGUCAUUUCUCCAUAUCGCGUCUGCACUCGACUCAAUACUCUCUUCAUGCGCUCCCUAUAUUCCAUCGAGCCGAGCUGUCUUGCCGAGGCCCUCGAUGCUGACGAAACUGAGCGAAACUCUUGCACCGAGAGUCUAGUCCUAUCCUCUUCUGCUGACUAUCGUUGGCUCGAACACAAGCACCUACUCUGUGCUGAUUCGGCUCAAGAGCGUGAAUUCUGGAUUUCCCAACUCAACAUCUGCUUGUCAACUUUACGGCAGUGGAUACCCAAUCAUUUUGCCUUUCUGCAGCAGCAUGGCUCCAGACUGGAAUUUGGUCAUCCUGUUUCGGCUCGCCUGGCCAGCCUAGUUACUGGGAGAGUUUAA